AAAAAAAUUUUAAAAGUAGAGGGAAACCUAAGGCAGGGUUCCAGACAAUACGAACACAAUCAAAGCUACUGCUUAUUCACCACGAUUGGCGCUUAUGGCGGUCGACCCAAAAUCAAUUCUUUUCCAAGACGAAGAGGAACAAGAACAGGAAGUUGAAAAUCACGAUCCACCUGCGCAUAAUCCUUAUGCUCCGCCGGAUGAGUUAUUCGACAUCACUACGACUGUGGAUCCUAGUUAUGUCAUCUCUUUAAUUCGGAAACUAUUACCGACUGAUGCAACUGCUACUCAUAAGUUGCAUGAUAAUGGUGCGUGUUGUGUCCACACACAAGGAUCAAACAUUGACAAGAUGGAAGAAAAUGAAUCUACUGAUAGUCAUUGGUGUUCUUCGAGAGAUGUGUCUGGGAGGAUGGAGAUUGUUGAUGUUCAUAAGUCUGCUCCUGGAGAAAGAGAAAGUGAAGAUCCAUAUAAUGGAGUUGAGCAUACUGGUCACGAUGUAUAUGCAGGAGAAGAGGUCUGGGAAGAGUACGGUUGCAUUUUAUGGGAUCUUGCUGCAAGUAAAACUCAUGCUGAAUUAAUGGUGGAAAACCUCAUACUCGAAGUGCUAAAAGCAAAUCUUAUGGUUUCCCAAUCUGUCCGAGCUAAAGAGAUUAGCCUUGGAAUUAUGGGAAACCUAGCCUGCCACGAAGUACUCAUGAAACGUAUUGUCUCUACAGAUGGAUUGGUUGAAUUGAUUGGAGAUCAGCUGUUUCUAGAUGAUGCACAAUGUCUAUGUGAAGUAUGCAGGUUGUUAACUUCAGGCAUUCAAAGUAGUGAAUGUUCUACUUGGGCUACAGCAUUACAGUCUGAACGUAUUCUGUGCCGAAUUUUAUGGAUUGCUGAGAAUAGCUUAAAUCCAAGACUUAUAGAGAAGAGUGUCGAGAUAUUACUAGCCAUCAUUGAAAGUUCGCAGGAAGUUGCUCAUAGUCUCCUUCCAACUUUGAUGACGCUGGGUUUACCAAGUCUGCUGACCAACCUCUUGGGUUUUGAGAUCAGAACACUAAUGAGUGAAAGAGUGUCUGAAAGGUUCUUGAUUCUCGAUGUUAUUCUUCGUGCUGUUGAAGCUCUUUCUGUCAUAGAUGGCUAUUCCCAAGACAUAUCUUCAAACAAGGAACUUUUUCAACUAGUUUUGGACCUGGUCAAACUCCCUGAUAAAGUAGAGGUUGCAAGCUCUUGUGUUACUGCUGCUGUUCUUAUAGCAAAUAUUCUCUCCGAUGUAGCCAAUUUAGCUACAGAGCUAUUAUAUGAUUUGAAUUUCUUGCGGGGUCUGCUAGAUAUAUUUCCUUUAGCUUCUGAUGAUAGAGAAGCUCGAAGUGCAAUAUGGAACAUAAUGGCAAGGUUGCUGUUUCAAAUUCAGGAAAGUGAAGUUAGUCCAUCAACUCUAAGUCAGUAUGUUUUAGUUCUAGCAAGCAAAUGUGAUCUGAUUGAAGAUGAUCUUCUUGACAACCAAUUAGAUGGCCUCCAAGCAAAUGCUAGAACUACAGCUCUUAGACGGAUAUGCAGUAUUUUAAGUCAGUGGACUGAAACAAAUGAUGGUGCUGGAAAUAAUCAUGCGACGGGUGAAGAUCACACAAAUGGUGUAGAUAUUGGUAGAUUGUUGGAUUGCUGUCAGAAGCAUCUUGAUUCUUUCAGGUCUUCCUCCCCCUAAAGGUUCUGAUGAAAAUGCUUAAAAGACCACGACUGAAGCAGUGAGAAGAAUACUAUGGAUUCUGGAAGAAGAAAGUCAAAUAUUGGCUGUCUGGAUGACAUCCCAAGAAGCCACAAGUCCAAAUGGAUAGCUGAGUAUCCUUAGGUGAUUAUAUGAAAUGCCUUGAUAGGGUCUGUUUGAUACUCUUUGCCAACCUAAUGCAACUAACUCUCAUGUUUUGUUGUGGCUGCGUAUGGUACGAAGCACUAUAGGGUUGGGUUGGUAGUGGAACUGAAUGCCACCCGACGAAGUCAAACCAUGCCAAGGUUACCGAGCUCGCACAAAUGGAAGAUAUAAUCAACUCAAAACCAUCUUUGGUCAUCAACAUUGACAUUGAAUGCGGUUGUUUCUAUGUUGUCGGAUUUGUCAGUUGUGUGGGAAGAUGUACAUAGAAACUUAUGUGAUGAAUUGUCAGUUUUUUUUUUUAUUUUUAUUUUUAUUUUUUUUUUAUAAUACAUAAAUUUGGAUCUCCAUUAUUACAGUUAAGAU